AUGGCAACUCAAGCGCCUGACUUGCAAUCAAUACUCGCAACUCUUGCACAGUUCUCGCAGCCUUCCGAUGUGGGAAACGCAACGCCGCCACAGCGAUCUGCUUCUGCGACUCCAGACUUCGGCACUCCCUCUCCAGAAGUGCUGCAGGCCGCAUCACAGAACUCUGCGACUCCUGUCUCGCCAGACACAUCUGCAGAGCAAUUGGCGGAUCCUCGUCUCAGGCCGCAAUGUAAGCCAGCUGCAACUGCUGCCAAGUCACAGAUCGACCCAGCAACGAUCACAGUCUGGCCAGAUGCACUACGAUGCGUGACCAAGAUUGCAGAGCAGAACAAAGUUUUUGCCGUCAGCAUCAAGCGCAUGAUGAAUGAUCAACGUAACAACGAAAUGCGCUGGUAUCAGGAGCGUCAAGCCCUCAAGCAGACUCAGGCCAACCGCUCAGCGGAAGCUGCGAAAGCGCAUAGCAUUCUGAAGACGCUAAAUACUUCCUUCUAUGGCUCGCCUCCAGAAGUGGAUUCGCCUGAAGUGGAUCAGCAGAAGGAGAUGGACGCCUUCGAUGAGAAAAUCUACUCGGCGCAGGAGGCAAUGGAAAAUGCUAUGCUGCAUGAGCUGAAGGGUCUCGGUGUGCCAUUCUGUGGAACAGACCCGAGUUUGAUCGUGCAUGAUGACGAAGACAGCGGCGAGGGGCCUUCAUGUAGUGCGCAGGGUUCUAAGCUGAAGGUAGGCCAGGUGCCGGAGGGGAGGCAGAAGUAUAGCCAGAUGAUUACGCCUUCGCAGUUGAUGCAUAUGAGGAGGAAGAUGAUCGAACAUCUGGAGACUCUGUAUCGGGAUUGA